AUGUCACCCACCACAGAGAAGAAAGUUCGCAGAGAUACUCCUGACGAUGUGAAGGGCCGCCCAGAACCGACCAACGACGUUCACGUUCUGAGCGAGAGACUUAGUCGAGACCCGCGCUUCAACCCGCCGACCCCGUCUGUCUGGAAACGCGUCGCGCUCCUCAUCUUCGUGGUCGUUCUCUUCUGGUUGGCCUUCUCGAUGCGUGCGCAGCACCACAAGCCCGCCGUGGUCCACGCUCAGAGGUACUCGAAGGAGUUCAAGUACAGACCUGCAGCGAGUCCUGUCAUCACCGAGCGGUUAAAGGAUGGUCGGACGCGGAUUAGGGGUGCUAUGCCGUCGGUGCGGUGA